AUGACUGCCUUGCUCGCAGACUAUCGAGCAAAGAUGCUGAGGUGGAAUAAAGAGAUCUUGGAAUGCGAAAUGAAAACCCAAUUUCUCCAGGACGUUGCAGGGAACAUUCGGAAGCCCUGGGAGGAUUGGGACAGCGACGACGAGCAGGAGAUCUUGGACGAUAUUGUCGAGGAAUUAUGGACGGGGCUGGACAAAUAUGAGAUCCUUAAUACAGUUGAAAGGCAUGCAGACUUGUUUGACCAUAUUCCGGAUGGCACGAUAGACUUUGUCCAGAGCUCUGAGAAGCAGGCCGAACAAUUAUUGGAACUGGAGACUGCGCUCAAUGAGUCCGUGGCCGAGGAUCGCCGACCAAUUACUAUCCCGGAGGACUUCAAAAUACUUUCAAGCCUAGUGGGUGGCCUUACUGGACCGGGUUUUGGAAAAGAUCAGAUUUAUACAUCGUUAUAUUUUAAUGGUGCACUUAUGAACAUGGAGCAGCCUGAAGAUAUCGCAAAAGACAUAGACAUGUUACCAGAGAAUGGAUUUGAGGUUGUUUGUGGUUGGAAAAUUGCCGAGGAUGAUCACCAGACUCGUAUAUAUGCUGUGUACAUGAGGUUCACCCCGGAAAACAAAAAGCCCAAGGAAUUUACUUGGGAGUAUGUUACUCGUUUUGAAGCGGGCCCCAGUGGGGACAAUUACAAAAGUGUUGAGGAGUUGAUAGAGGGUUGGCUUAAAACUCAUCGACGAGGGAUAGUGGAGUAUCAGGGUAAAGAUGUAUUUUUACUAUGA